AUGUCAGAAAACAUACCCGAAUCCAUCCCCGUACACCGCGACCCACGCAGCGGCCAAGCGACCAAAAAACGCGCCCUCUCGCCCAAAAGCAAGCAAUCCGCACAGCUCGAAGCCCUCUUCGCCAACCCGGACAAACCGAUCAGUCUCCCUUCCUCGUCGACGUCAAAGUCAUCUUCGUCUCUGCCGCCAGAAAUCGUCGCCAAUGUCCAGGGAUCCAGUGCUGGCGCGGGCAGUGGAGAGUUUCACGUGUACAAAGCCAGUCGACGAAGGGAAUACGAGAGACUAAGGGCGAUGGAUGAAGAA